AUGGAUUAUGGAUUAUAUAUAAAUAAUGAUUUAGAAAACACUUUAAAAGAUCCUUUUUUUUGUAAAGAUGCCUAUUUUGUAACAAGAAAUAUCCCAUCAAUGGCAAAUGUUAUUUCCAGUGGUGGAUUUUAUUAUACUUUUACAAGUGAUUUCGAUUUCAAUUCUCUCAAAAACUUAUCAACACAUAAUAAUAUAAAAUAUGUACAAUUAUUAGGUUUCCCAGGUGAAUCUUAUCCACUGGUUCCGCUAUCAAUAUUGUUAGGUUCAAAUAGUGAAAAUAUGUAUCCUGUUAUCUUUAUAGGAUAUAAUGUUCAAACACCAAAUUCAUUUAUUGAAUUUACAGGAUACUCUUUCUAUAAAAGAAUAUUAUUUUACAAUACUCUGAAUUUCCAUAUUAAUGGUGAAUUUCCAUUUUCAAAACUUCCAAAUGGUCUUUUACAAUUGUUUGUAUUAUUAUUUUUAUUAUUGUAA